GGGCCACGGAGCCCGCCGGCCUGCUGCGUCCCGGCGCCCGCGACCCCGGCCGGCCCUCGAGAAACCCGUUCGGGGGUCCUGCGGGGACCGCCGCGGUACCCGGCGGCAAGGACGGCUGCCACGAGGGGCCCCCCUUCCUCAAGCCGCCCGCGGUGACCGUCAGGAAGCUGCAGAAGUGGAUGUACAAAGGGCGCCUGCUGUCCCUGGGAAUGAAGGGUCGCGCCCGGGGGGCAGCCCCGAAAAUCCCGGGAGCACAGGCAGCCUCUGCCAGUGCGGGCGCCCUGAAAGUGCACGGAACCCGCGACCUGUCGGCGCCUCCGGACCAAAGAGUCACACUGACAGAUUUAUUUGAAGAUGUCUAUGGGUCUUCAAUGAAGGGAAGAGAACUUGAAGAUCAGAAGGAUAAUAUAGAAUUCAGAGGUCAUAAGCCACUUAACAGCAUCACUGUUUCGAAAAAACGCAACUGGCUGUAUCAGAGUAGUCUAAGAUCUCUUAAUCUGGAAGAAGAAAAUAAAAAAUACCAAAAUAGAAGGAAUUUAUCCGUCUCACCUGUGACUCCACCUUACCAUCAGCUAUCACAACCUUUCCUUAAAUCAUCUGAAGAAUAUUGUACCUAUAUGGUUUGUAAUGCUACAAACUCUUCAUUAUCAAGAAACUAUUCUUUACACUUUAAUGAAGAAAAUGAUGCUGAUGAUGAAGGAGAAAUAUGGUACAACCCUAUUCCUGAGGAUGAUGACCUUGGCAUGUCAACUACUUUGAAUUUUGGAGAGACAAACCCUGCUGUCUUAAAGCUUCCAGCUGGCAGUUUGAGCAUACUCUCUGGUAGUGACCUAAUGAAAGCAGAGCAGCAUACUGAUUUGUCGUGCUCUUCUGAACACAUGGGUGAUAUUCAGACCAUGCAGUUAAAUGAAAUGAAUCCUAUAAAUUCCAUCCAUUCCACAGAAUUUAUGCCACAGCACAUGCAAAAGCUAGGAAACAAGACUCAAGAAGAUAUGAUGGUGGAGGACAGUCCCAUAUUAAAAUCUCCUUUUGCAGGUCCUGACAUCUUAGCUGCUGCAAAUAGGACUGAACUGGGAAUUAUGGAACCAUCUUCACCAAACCCCAGCCCUGUGAAAAAAGGCAGUUCAAUUAAUUGGUCUUUACCAGAUAAAAUAAAAUCUCCACGAACUGUGAGGAAACUUUCCAUGAAAAUGAAAAAGUUGCCAGAAUUUAGUCGAAAGCGAAGUGUCAAGGGAACCUGGAAUAAUAUAAACAGUCCAGAUAGUACUCCUUCCUUUUCUAAGUGUAACUGUAGAGAAGUUCAUCAUACUGUUAUUCUCCCUUCUGGGAAUACUACCACAGCUGCUAAGAGGAAUGUGAUAAGCCGGUACCAUCUUGAUACUACUGUAUCUUCACAGCACAGCUACCAGAAGAAAACCUCUGUGAAUUCAAAGUAUUCCUGCAAAGGUGGUUAUCUCAGUGAUGGAGACUCACCUGAACUUAUAACUAAAUCUAGCAAACAUGGACCUGAAAACAAAUUAGGAAAAGGAAAAGAAAUCAUUCCAAGUAGUUGUAGCAAAAAUGAAAUAGACAUAGAUGCUUUUAGACAUUAUAGCUUUUCUGAUCAACCUAAGUGUUCACAGCACAUAUCUGGGCUCAUGAGUGUGCAUUUCUAUGGGGCUGAGGAUUUAAAACCCCCUCGGAUAGAUUCAAAAGAUAUCUUUUGUGCGAUUCAAGUAGAUUCAGUAAACAAAGCAAGAACAGCUUUGCUCACAUGUCGGACAACAUUUUUAGACAUGGAUCACACUUUCAACAUAGAAAUUGAAAAUGCACAACAUUUGAAAUUAGUAGUAUUCAGUUGGGAGCCCACUCCAAGAAAAAAUCGAGUGUGUUGUCAUGGAACUGUUGUUCUCCCCACCUUAUUCAGGGUGACAAAGACACAUCAGUUGGCUGUCAAACUUGAACCUAGAGGUCUUAUUUAUGUGAAAGUGACUCUUAUGGAACAGUGGGAAAAUUCUCUUCAUGGACUAGAUAAAAAUCGAGAUUCAGUAAUAUUUGGUGUUGACAUUCAAAAAGUUGUAGAAAGAGAAAAUGUAGGAUUGAUGGUGCCACUUCUGAUACAGAAAUGUAUUAUGGAAAUUGAAAACAGAGGCUGUCAGGUGGUAGGCCUGUAUCGAUUAUGUGGUUCAGCAGCAGUCAAGAAAGAACUUCGAGAGGCUUUUGAGAAGGAUAGCAAAGCUGUUGGUCUUUGUGAAAACCAUUAUCCAGAUAUAAAUGUAAUAACAGGUGUUCUUAAGGAUUAUUUAAGAGAGCUUCCUUCUCCUCUGAUAACAAAGCAGCUUUAUGAUGCUGUACUAGAUGCAAUGGUGAAAAGUCCUUUGAAAAUGUCAUCAAAUGGAUGUGAGAAUGAUCCAAGUGAUUCUAAGUACACUGUGGACCUGUUGAAUUGUCUGCCAGAUGUUGAGAAGGCGACCCUAAAGAUGUUGUUGGAUCAUUUGAAGUUGGUGGCUUCUUAUCAUGAAGUGAAUAAAAUGACCUGUCAGAAUUUGGCUGUGUGCUUUGGACCAGUGUUACUAAGUCAGAGGCAAGAGACUUCUACCUAUAACAACAGAGUCUUUACUGAUUCAGAAGAACUGGCAAGUGCUUUGGAUUUUAAGAAACAUAUUGAAGUUCUUCAUUACUUACUUCAACUCUGGCCAGUGCAACAUUUAACUGUCAGCGAAUCAGCAGACAAUUUGUUUCCAGAGCAGUCAUCUUCCCUGAACUAUUUGAGGCGGAAGAAAGAACGACCUUACAUGUUAAAUUUGAGUAGUACCGAUUCACUGGGAGUACUUAGGCCAAGGCAGACUAGAUUAGACAGUCCACUUAGCAAUCGUUAUGCGGGAGACUGGAGCAGCUGUGGAGAAAACUACUUUUUAAAUACAAAAGAAAAUUUAAGUGAUGUGGACUAUGAUGAUGUACCUGCAGAAGAUAGAGAAAAUGGAGAUUACAGCAAAAUGGAUGGAUCAGAAAUAAUGAUCGAACAGCCAAGUCCCACAUCCAGAGAAUGCGCACUUCAGUCAUACUUGACAGUGCAGACGAUUGAGUCUACAGUGGACCGAAAAGUUAAUCUCAAAGAUCUACAAGAAAGUAUUGAUACUUUGAUUGGCAAUCUGGAACGCGAGCUCAACAAAAACAAGCUUAACAUAAGUAUUUGAUACUGAGGAAUUUUAUCUGGUGUUUAAUAAUGUCUUAAAGUUUCAAAUUACUCCUCAUUUUCUUUUAUUAACCUCCAUUGGUGGUGUUUUUAUUUUUUUAGUCCUGAAACCUUCAAUUAGUUUCUAAAAAUUCAUAUGAUUCAAUUAAAAACACUAUUUAGUAACAUAAUUUUUACUUACUCAUUAGAAAAUUUUUCUAGGGGUAAAGGGAACCUGGACUGUUUGGAAUAUUUUAAUAGGCCUUGCUACUUCUAGGGAGAUAACUUUCUAAUGCACUUAAAAGGUUCAGGUAAGUUAUUAGCUUGAGUUUUUGUAUUUUAUAGGAACUGCUUUUCUGUAGCUGAGACAGAUGCUCCCUUUAGUAAUAAGUUGUUCCAGAGGAACAUUGCAGCUGCUCAGUCUGGUCUGCAGUAGGAGUUCUUGUACACUGCAACAUCAUGUGGUCUCGUUUCAUUUGCAAUGCAAAUGCUGCUAUAAGAAAACCUUUUUAUAAAUAAAAGUAAAAUUAUACAAAUAUUAAUGUAUUCUAUAUUAACAUUCAGUCAUUAUUUAAGCUUAUACAAAUUAAGUAUUUUUAUAAUCCUGAAAAUAUGUAUAUAUUUAUAAGUGCAUAUAUGUAUAGGUAUUAGAGUGAAAGAAAGGGUUGACUGUAGAAUCACAUGUAUUUUUAAAGAUAUAUGUCAUGGCACCAAAGUUAUUAACUAAAAAUGUCUUUUUCAGAGAAGUGACAUUUAAGUUAAAAGAAGAUUUACAUAAAAACUUUUGAAUAAAAACACUCAAGAAGCACUGAAUAGAAAUAAUAGACUUCCUUUUUGAUUUAUAGACAGUCGCAGUAUUCCAUGAAAAGUCAUCUUUCUUUUAAGUGAUGAAAUCCUUCAAUCUUUUAGUGAUAAAGUGUCCACCUUUCUGCACUAGUAACUUAGAUUUUAAAAACUUCAACUCUUCUAUGCAUUUUUGUAUUCUGUGGUGUGUUGAAUAUUUAUUUUAGUAGCACAUUUAUAAUAUUGAUUUUAUAAUUACCCCCAUUUGUUCCCAAAGAAAUCUUGCCAACAUACUACAUGGUACUGAUUUUUUAAAAUUAACUUAUUUGGGCUAAAUGUAUCUGUAAAUUAGUUAUCAUAGAUAUCACAGCAGUGUUUGAAAAUGUAAAUUUAGAAGACUUUUUUAAAUUGGAAAUUUUUAAAAAGUUUUAUACCUACAGAAUUAUGUAAUUUUAAAAUUAUAAAUAAAAUUUGAAUUACCAACUUUUAAGGUGUAACAGG